AUGGUUUGCUCCAUCAAUAAGAACCACUUCAACAACUCCACACAGCAUGAAGUGAGGGAUGAAGGGCGUGCUAGUAACGACCCUCCCUUGCCAACGAGAUGUGGGCCAACAAAUGGAAAAGAGGAAGUGGAAAGAGAAGGAAACAGACAAGCAGACAACUCAGGAGAAAGUGACGUAGAGAGACUAGAGACGCAAGAUGAAACCAAAAACACUGGCUCUCUCACCAUCAGAAACACCAGAAUCAGACACUCUGGACAAUAUAAACUAUCCAUCUCUACAGAACAGACUAAGACCAAGAUAUUUCAUGUUACUGUCGUUGGUGCGGUUGAUGAGACGGAUGGAAUGAAAUCAGUCUCGGUGAUGGAAGGAGAUUCUGUCACGCUACACACUGAUGCUGAAAUACACACCGAUGAUCUGAUAGUGUGGAGGUUUGGAGAUAAAGGCGUCCUCCUGGCUAAACUCGAUGUAGAGACUAACGAGACCUCAUUAAAUGAUGCUGACUCGAUAUUCAAAGAUCGACUGCAGCUGAAUCAGACCGGAUCUCUGACCAUCACAAACACCAGAACUGAACACACUGGACUUUAUGAAGUACAGAUCAGAGCCCAUGAGAGCUCACAGCGAUUCCUUCUUUCUGUCACGG